AUGACUCCAAAGGUCGCCAAUACCGCACGUGAUUUAUCCUCCGUUCCAUCCAAGGAAAAGAUACCAGCGCAGCAUGCCGAGAAUGUUGAACGGGAAGAGGAAAUUGAAGUCCCUGUGAAGAUCGAGCAGACAGAGAGGAAGACAGGCCUUAGAAUCGAUGGAGAUGACUUUGAUCAUGAACACGAGCCAAAGAUGUCCAUCCGUCGCUUCAUGAGCCUGGUGGCAAUGGCCCUCCUCUGGACUGGUAGUCAAAUACCUGUCUAUAUCUUUGGCUCGAUCCCUCCUUAUAUAUAUGGUGACAUUGGAGGCGUCGAUAGAUGGGUUUGGUUUGUGUUGGGGAAUCUCCUUGCCCUAGCUGGGGUUUGUCCUUUUGUGGGUUCGCUAAGUGAUAUUGUUGGCCGGAGGUAUGUGGCAUUACUGGGCGCAUCUCUUCUUGUCAUAGGUACCGUGGUGCAAACCACGGCCAAAGACAUGAACAUGUUCAUCGCUGGGAGCACGAUCGCGGGUGCUGCUGCCGGUAUCAGUGAGCUCACAGCAUUGGCCGUGACUUCGGAAAUGGCACCUACCAGAAAACGUGGUGCUUAUGUUGCAGUCUUGAUAUUCACCAUCCUGCCGUUCAUCCCUUCAGGAAUAUACGCACAGCUUAUCGCCGCACACGCCGGCUGGAGAUACAACGGUAUCAUAGUCUGUGUUUGGAAUGGAGCUGGUUUGAUCGUGACUGCCUUGUUCUACUUCCCUCCACCCCGAGUCAACUCGAAAGGCAAGACGAAGCGUGAAGUUCUCGCCGAGAUCGAUUACGUCGGAGGAUUUCUGUCCAUUAGCGGCAUGAUUUUAUUCAUGGCCGGGAUGCAGUGGGGCGGAUACCAGUACGCUUGGAACUCUGCUCAUGUUCUUGUGCCACUCAUCCUUGGAGCACUCAUAAUCGUGACCUUUAUUUUCUGGGAAGGCUGGUGGGCACCGCAUCCGAUGUUUCCCAGGCGGCUCAAGCAAGAUCCUAGGAUUCUGUCACUUACUCUGCUUAUCACUUUCAUUUCUGGAGCCAACUUCUUCUCGUUUUUAAUGUUUUGGCCGACGCAGGCAUUUAACGUGUAUGGCCAUGACCCCGUUAUGGUCGGGUUGCGCGUUUUCCCAGCCGGCAUGGCCAUCAUGAUAGGAGCCUGUAUCACUCUUUGGCUGCUAUCCGUCUUCCGAGGUCGGAAUAAGGAGCUUAUGAUUGCAGCUAGCUGCCUCAUGACUGCUGGCGUUGCGUCUUUGGCAUGUGCCACACCGCACAAUAUGAACAAGCUGUGGCCCCUUCUGAUUCUCGGCGGUCUUGGAAUAGGAGGUAUCGUUGUUCCUGCAUCGAUCAUCACCACAAUCAUAUGCCCGGAUGACUUGAUUGCCACUGUCAGUGCGUUGACUCUUGCAGUCCGUGUCAUUGGUGGUUCAAUCGGAUACUGUGCCUACUACAACGUUUUCCUCUCAAAGUUCACUGGCAAUGCGAUCAAAUAUAUUGGCGGCACAAUGUAUGCAUACGGGAUCAAAAAUGAAACGUACAUCGAGGAAGCCAUCACUCUGACUGGUGCAGCUCUCCUGGAAGAGAUGAAGAGAAUUCCAGGUCUAGCGAACGAGACGGUAUACGAAGCUGUAGUGGCCGCUGGACAAUUGGCAUAUGCAGAAAGUUACAAAUUUGUUUAUCUCGGAAGCAUUGCUGCAGGUUGUGUAAGCAUCAUCGCUGCAUGCUUUUUGGGAGAUAUCAACAAAUAUAUGGAUGAACAUGUUGCAGUUGUUAUGGAGUGA